AUGCGAAACAUAUCAAAGAAAUUGCAGAGGAAGAGGCUACAAAGUCGAAAUUGCAGAGGAAGAACUCUAGAGGCAAGGAUUGUUCUUCUUCAUGACGAAAUUUCCAUGGUUGGCAAGGAAAUAGUUGCUCUUAAAGGUAUGCACAUGGCUUUUUCUUUUUCUGAAAUGAAGUGGAUUAGCUUAACUAACAUCAAAAGUGUGCUUGGAAUCAUGGACCUCGAAGUUCAGACCCAUAUGGCAGGACAAACUGCCAAGCAUUCCGAAAUUCCUAAGUUCAACAAAGGGAAGAGGAAGAUAAGCUAUGAAACCUCUCUUGCACCUGAACUAGCAGAGAUGCAAGAAGAGCUUAAAUCUGCUCGUCUUAAGCUAGCUGAGCAUGAUGAGGAGAAUAAUCGACGUGAUGAGGAGCUAAAGGAGCUAAGGCAAAGUCAUGCUCGGGUUUCUGAACUUGAGAAGCUCCUCACGUUUUUGAAGAAGGAAAAUCCGUAG